CGCACUCCCCCUUCAAGCACAACAAACGUACUACCCAAGAACUACGUAGUAACCAUGACCGGCGUAAAACGCUCCGUCCGUCUCCUCUCCGGCGCAACAUCUACCAUCUCCCCCUCCCCAUCCGCGACGGGAGUUAAGCCGCUACGCACAGCAUCCAGCUUGCUGGUAUGUGCGCCGAUAAGGAAGCCGAGUGACGGUGGAGCGGAUUUCAAGGUGUUGAUGGUUAAGAGACAGGCGCGAGGAUCGUUCGGGUCUAUGCACGCGUACCCUGGCGGGGUCGUAGAUUCCUGCGAUAGCGACGCCAAAUGGGAACAGCUCACAGGCCGCACAUUAGCCAACCAACGCAUUCCACCCGACACCCUCCCCCUCCGCCUCGCCGCCCUCCGCGAAACCUUCGAAGAAACCGGCCUCUUCCUCACCCACCCACCCCUCCCCCUCCCCCCACAAACAUCAACCCACUGGCGCCACCUCAUUCACACCUCCGGGCACGAAUUCCACACCCUCUGCACAUCCCUGUCUGCGGCCCCACGCGUCAACGCACUUGUAUUGUGGGCAAACUGGAUCACGCCUGUUGCGCAGAAGGCGAGGUUUGAUACGUUUUUUUAUUUGACUGUUUUGGAUUCGGCGGAGGGACACGAUGUCAGCGCGGAUGGGACCGAGUGUACCGAGGCAAGGUGGUGGACCCCACGGGAAGCGUUGGAGGCUUAUCAGCGGGGAGAAAUCUCCCUAAUCGUCCCGCAAUACCUAACCCUCCUCGAACUCUCCCACCUGCACCUCUCCGAUCUGCGGUCCUACAUCUCCGGUGAAACACGCCGCACGGCACAGCAACUCGCGCCCAUAUGUCCUGAACCGCUCUCGAGUGCCGACGGGUUGCUGACGAUGGCGAUGCCGGGCGAUUGGGAGUACCCGGGAUGUUCGAGCGAGGGGUCCGACGGGAAGCCGCUGAAUCGGGUAAAAAUCAGAGUGGAGGGGGGCCGGUUUGUGGAGAUUCGGCAUGUCUGUAACGGUGGGGAGCGGGGGUCGAAGUUGUGAUUCGAUGUGGGAGGUGGGUGAUGUACGGACAGCUCCCCCUCUCGACGCUUUUGUUAUAGACUUUACAGUAGAGCCACAAGCGUAGACACCUGUUCUGCAUUCGUGAUAACUCACUCCUCGUGACACUGCCGUGAAGCUGGGGAGAUAUGCACACCACACAGGUACCUCGUAGUGUGUAGAUGUAUUAUAUGGAUGCUGUACAUGUAAAUGAUCUUGUCGUAUUGUUUAUCGU